AUAAAAGAUAGAAAGUAAAGAUAAGAUGACUAGGCCUUUUGAGAGCGCGUUAAACCAACAGGAAGUGCCUACGCGUAUUAUUUAGUCGCGGAUGGAUACGCGCACGCGUUUCCGGUGGACGCGCACCAGACGGUUGUGAAUUUGAAGACACGCGUCAAGGUGAAGAUAAGGCUGUUCCAUCACAAUUUGCUCUGUGUAAAAUUUAAGAUUAUUCACGAAAGAAAUUGCCGAAGAUGAGCUCCUCAAGUGAGAGUAACUACUCCGAUGAUGAUCUUGUCAUUGAUGAUGAAGACAUAGAGCAAAAGUGUGUUCGACCGGAUUUAAAAUUCCAUAGAUUUGUGGUGAAGGUUACCGAGUCUGCCGGCUUCAAUGCGUUCAUUAUGUUGACGAUCCUGCUUAACGCACUAUUCAUGGCGAUUGAGACAGAUUCGGUGCUGAAAAUAAAAUUCCGUACCGUGUUUAUUGUGACCGAUGAAAUAUUUCUGGCGAUUUACACUCUUGAAUUCAUUUUGAAGAUAUAUGCAGAACCCAUCCGAUACUUCUACAGCAGCUACAAUCUAUUUGAUUUGUUUGUUCUUGUAAUUUCAUAUGUCCAGGUGAUACUUGUUAAUGUUGCCACCGGUAGUACUAAUCUUAGUGCUCUGCGCGUUCUUCGUGCUCUGCGUACACUGCGGACCCUGAGAACAGUUUCAUUCGUAAAAGGACUACAGGUAUUGGUGACGGCUUUACUGGACACAAUUCGUAACUCUGUGCUGAAUGUCGUGCUCCUACUCUUUCUCCUGAUGUUUCUCUUUAGCAUCAUGGGUUACUACUUCUUUGGAUACAAGGAGACGAACAGCGAUAAAGAGAACUGGGGCGAUCUAGGAUCGGCGAUGUUAACACUGUUUAGUUACGUCACAGUCGACGGAUGGACUGAUCUCCAAGGGCGACUCGACGCUCUUGACAUGGCUGGCAGUAGGUUCUAUACUAUUCUCUUCAUCUUUCUUGGACAUUUUGUUUUCACCAAUGUUUUCAUUGCAUUGAUCAUUAUGAAUAUUCAUGAGGCCACUGAAACAUAUCGAGAAGAACAAAUUCAAGAAAGAGAACAGAUUAUUCAAAAAAAGAAGGAAUAUAUGAUACAGAGACAACACAAUGAAGUGCGUUUAAUGCUGGAAAAGCAGAAUCAAGGACAGUUUCAAAACUUCAACGAAAUGGUACUUGAAUUCAAGAAGACUUUAAGACAUGAUGACUUUAUGGUUUCUGUCGAUUUAGCAACGAACCUCACGUGGUUGGAGACUUAUAUUACUACACUUGACCACGAGGACAACACAAUGUAUUGUUUACAACAACUGCAUUUUGAGAUGGCCAACAUUCUGGCAAUUGUCCAAGAACAGAAACUGAAGGAACGUUAUGGAAUGUAGUCAUGAUUACAUGUACUGUACAUAAAAAAAAUAGACAUUUUUUUUUUAUAACAGUAAAUUCUGUGUGAAAUGGUGAUAGCUUACCUUAACAUUUACAUGUAUUUGUAUCGGAUAUGACCCCUAUACUUGGAUACCAAUAGAUAAAAACACAAGUAAAAAUGUAUUUUGCAGAAAGUUUGUGCACCAUACAUUGUCACCUAUUUGUCAAAAUUAUUAAAGAAUAAAAAUAUUUCACUUUUUAUUUUACAUUUUCUCUCUAAAAUUACAGCCUCACUUUAACAACCAUUUUAAACAAGCAUUAGUAGGGAAUUUUCGAAUGUAUGACACGGUAAGAAGUAGAACGUAAUGACUUCACUAAAAAGGUCAUCUGCGCAUGCAAGAAUGUUAAGUUCUCGUUGCUUGGAUUCUUGGAUGCAAUUUGAUCAAAUCUAUGUAGUGUAGUGUGUACGGUCAUGCGCAAGUGAAUCUGUUCUAGGAUCGGGGCACUGUGCGAGUUGAAAGCUUCCAUUAUACUGUAGUCUCUCCUUAGCGUUGUUUUUGUCAUGGAUGUAAACUAUCAAAAAAAGAAUCUUGGAGGCAAAUUCUGUGACAAAUUAUAUCAUUGUAGUGGGGUAAAAAAGCCACAUGUUUAUUGCAUUCUAAAAAACAUCACUAUUAAGCAGAAUCUAAUGAUAACAUUCAUUUUUU